CGCCAUUUAUAGCCGCUAGCCCCCAACUGAACUCUUGCUCUACUUUAAGCUAGUCUGAGUAUAUAUACACACUGUAAUCAGCUGUGAAUUGAAGACAGAUCUUUUUGAAGUAUUUAUGUUGACGUUUUUGGGGAGAUUUGGAGCUGAUAUUGAAGAUCUAGUUUUUGCCGAGCCGCAUCAUGUCUCACCUGGUCCGUGUAGCGAAUGUCCUGCGCGAUCGAGGACUGCUACAGAAACGACUCAUCCUCGCGAUCAAACACGACAUUAGGAAGCUCUCCACAUCCACUAUACGGAGGAAGGAUGGCACCCUUAUCAAUCAGCCCAGGACUGCAUCCCUGAUACUGGAAGAUGGAACAAAAGUCAAGGGUUACUCCUUUGGGAAUGAGAGGUCUAUGGCAGGAGAGGUGGUCUUCAACACUGGACUGGUGGGCUACCCGGAGGCCCUGACAGACCCGAGCUACCGUGGACAGAUCCUGACACUGACGUAUCCGAUCGUGGGGAACUACGGCGUACCCGACACCGCGCUGCGAGACGAGAUGGGACUCAUGCAGUAUGUGGAGUCCGACAGAAUACAUGUAGCAGGCCUGCUUGUACAGGACUACUCCCACCACCACAGCCAUUGGAACUCUGUGAAGUCCCUGUCUCAGUGGCUGAAGGAUGAGGGGGUGCCUGCUCUGUACGGUAUCGACACCAGGAUGCUCACCAAACUCAUCAGAGACAGGGGAACUGUACUGGGGAAGAUAGAGUUUGAGGGAGAUCCAAUAGAGUUCAUUGACCCCAACCUGAGGAACCUCAUGGCAGAAGUGUCCACCAAGGAAGUGCAGAUUUUUGGGAAGGGCAACCCUGUGAAGGUGAUAGCAGUGGAUUGUGGGAUCAAACACAACAUGAUCCGUAACCUGGUGAAACGAGGCGCAGAGGUUCAUGUCGUUCCCUGGGACCACAACAUUAAGGAAGAGAGCUACGACGGGCUCUUCGUGUCCAACGGCCCGGGAGACCCCGCGCUCGCCAAGGAGGCCAUAGACAACCUGCAGCAGAUUCUGCAGAUGGAAAGACCUGAGCCCAUUUUUGGCAUCUGUAUGGGAAACCAGCUGACUUCUCUAGCUGCAGGGGCCAAGUCCUACAAGCUGCCUCUAGGAAACAGAGGCCAUAACCAGCCUGUGUUAAACCUGCUGAACAACCAGGCCUUCAUCACGUCCCAGAACCACGGCUUCGCCAUCGACAACGAGACCCUCCCGCCGGGCUGGCAGCCCAUGUUCAUCAACGCUAACGACCUGACUAACGAGGGCAUCAUGCACGAAACACGGCCCAUCUUCACCGCACAGUUCCAUCCUGAGGCUCGCGGAGGGCCCACUGAUACUGAGUUCCUGUUUGAUAUCUUCAUGGACAUGAUCAGAAAAGGCAAGGGGACCUCCAUGCCUGUGUCCAAAGUCAUUCCUCCUGGGAAACCCAAGCCUGCUCCUAUACAUGUGAACAAAGUGUUGGUGCUUGGAUCAGGAGGCUUGUCCAUUGGCCAGGCUGGGGAGUUUGACUACUCUGGCUCUCAGGCUAUCAAAGCACUCAAGGAGGAGAACCUGCAAACUGUCCUGAUGAACCCCAACAUCGCAUCUGUGCAGACCAAUGCUCAUGGAGAAAAACAGGCGGACCAUGUAUAUUUCCUUCCCAUCACUCCUGAGUUUGUGACUGAUGUCAUCAAGAGAGAAAAGCCUGAUGGGAUACUGCUGUCCAUGGGAGGGCAGACGGCACUCAACUGUGGUGUUGAACUGUUCAAGCAGGGUAUCCUACAGGAACACGGGGUCAAAGUUCUCGGCACGCCCAUCGAGUCUGUCAUGGCCACUGAGGAUCGACAGAUCUUCUCCGACAAACUCACAGAAAUCAAUGAGAAGAUUGCGCCAAGUUUUGCGGUAGAGAGUGUAAAAGAAGCCUUGGAAGCGGCUGCUGAGAUAAAGUAUCCCGUCAUGGUGCGUGCAGCGUAUGCCCUAGGAGGCCUGGGGUCCGGGCUAGCAGAAGACCGUCAGAAGCUGAAAGAUAUCGCCACAAAGGCUCUGGCCAUGUCUAACCAGAUCCUGAUUGAGAAGUCCCUCCUGGGGUGGAAGGAGGUGGAGUAUGAGGUUGUGAGAGACUCAGCUGACAACUGUGUCACCGUCUGUAACAUGGAGAACUUCGACCCUCUGGGAGUCCACACUGGUGACUCUAUCGUGGUCGCCCCGAGUCAGACUCUGUCGAACUACGAGUACCACAUGCUGCGAGAGACCGCCAUCAAGGUGGUACGCCAUCUUGGCAUCGUGGGCGAGUGUAACAUCCAGUACGCCCUGCACCCGCAGUCGCUGGAGUACUGCAUCAUCGAAGUGAACGCUCGCCUGUCCCGCAGCUCUGCGCUGGCAUCCAAGGCUACAGGGUACCCCCUGGCGUUCAUCGCAGCCAAGUUAGCCGUGGGCAGGCAGCUGCCGGAGAUCAAGAACGCCACGACACAGUCCACCACGGCGUGCUUCGAGCCCAGCCUGGAUUACAUCGUCACCAAGAUCCCGCGCUGGGAUCUGGACAGAUUCCAGCUCACCUCCAAACAGAUCGGCAGCUCCAUGAAGAGUGUUGGAGAGGUGAUGGCGAUCGGCCGUACGUUUGAGGAGAGUUUACAGAAGGCCCUGCGGAUGAUCCACCCGUCGAUCGAGGGGUUCGUUUCCCAGCUGCCCAUGGGGAAGUCCUACCCACCGGAUCACAACAUGAAGGAGGACCUGCGUGUGCCCUCCAGCACACGGAUACAUUCCAUUUGUAAGGCCCUGUACGAUGGUUACACUGUUGACCAGAUCCAUGACCUGACAGCCAUCGAUCGCUGGUUCCUCCACAAGUUGGACAGUAUUGUCAACAUAGAUAGGAGCCUCAGGACCCUUAGCAGAGAAAGCGUACCGUCUGAGACCCUUGAGCUUGCUAAGAAGGCGGGUUUCUCUGACAAGCAGAUCGGUAAGGCCCUGAACCUGACAGAGGCAGACAGUCGACAGCUGCGACUGGAGAGGAGCAUCAAGCCAUGGGUUAAACAGAUUGACACCAUGGCUGCCGAGUACCCGGCCAAGACCAACUACCUGUACUCUACAUACAACGGCAUGGAGCAUGACCUGACAUUUAAUGACCAUGGGACCAUGGUGCUCGGCUGUGGACCUUACCAUAUAGGUAGCAGUGUAGAGUUUGACUGGUGCGCUGUGUCAGCUAUCAGGACCCUUCGUCAGCUUGGACACAAAACUGUCGUAGUGAACCACAACCCAGAGACUGUCAGCACAGACUUUGACGAGUGUGAUCGCCUGUACUUCGAAGAACUUUCCUUGGAGAGAGUUCUGGAUAUCUAUGAACAAGAGAAGUGUCACGGGGCCAUCAUCUCUGUAGGAGGGCAGAUCCCCAACAACCUGGCCAUGCCCAUGUACAAGAACAACGUCAACAUCCUGGGCACGAAUCCUGUCAUGAUCGACAACGCAGAGGACAGGUCAACCUACUCAGCCAUCCUGGAUGAGAUUGGAAUUGAUCAGGCACCGUGGAGAUCCUUGUCUUCCCUGGACGAGGCUUUAGAGUUUGCUGCCAGUGUGGGGUAUCCCUGCUUACUGCGCCCAUCCUACGUCCUGAGUGGCUCUGCAAUGAAUGUUGCAUACGGACCUGAGGAGCUGACCAAAUUCCUGGAGGAGGCAUCCAGAGUCUCAAAUGAGCAUCCAGUGGUGAUUACUAAGUUCAUCGAGGGCGCCCGAGAAAUUGAGAUGGACGCUGUAGCAAAGGACGGUGUGGUUGUCGCCCACGCUGUGUCAGAGCACGUGGAGAAUGCAGGUGUUCACUCAGGUGACGCCACACUAAUCCUCCCCACUCAGACUAUCAGUCAGGAGGCUCUCAACAAGGUGCGAGAGGCGACUCGUCGGAUUGCCAAGAAGUUCUGCAUCUCUGGUCCCUUCAACACACAGUUCCUGGCCAAGGGUGAUCAUGUCAUGGUUAUCGAGACCAACCUGCGAGCGUCGCGCUCCUUCCCGUUUGUGUCCAAGACGAUCGGGACUGACCUGAUCGACGUGGCCACCAGGGUGAUGAUUGACCACCCGCUGGACAUCCCGUCUCUCCCCACCCUGGAGACACCACAUAUCCCACAGGGGUAUGUCGGCAUCAAGGCACCAAUGUUUUCCUGGCCGCGUCUGCGUGAUGCGGACCCUGUCCUGCGGUGUGAGAUGGCGUCGACCGGCGAGGUGGCGUGUUUCGGACCAAACGUGCACUCCGCCUUCCUCAAGGCUCUGCUCUCCACCGGCUUCAAGGUUCCCAAGAAAAGUGUUCUCAUUGGCAUCCAGCAUUCCUUCCAGCCCAAGUUUCUGCCCACUGCAUUCAAGCUGAAGAGUCUUGGUUACAAGCUAUAUGCCACGGAGGCCACAGCUGCCUAUCUGAAUGCUCACAAGAUGGACGCCUCGCCUGUAGCCUGGCCUAUGCAGGAGGACACCAGCUCUGUACCAUCUGCCACCAGGCUGAUCCAGGAACGUGAGAUUGACCUGUGUAUCAACCUGCCCAACAACAACACCAAGUACGUGAAGGAUAACUACCUGAUCCGCCGUGCUGCUGUGGACUCUGGAGUUCCCCUCAUCACCAACUUUGAGGUUACCAAGAUGUUUGCGGAGGCUCUGGAGCAGAUGUACGGAAAACUGGAUGCGACCAGCCUGUUCCACUACCAGAAACACGCCAAGAAGAUGGUGUAGAGCUAGAUAAUCUGCUGCAGUGUUCUCACCAGGCCUUUUUAGCAUUGGGGCCCCCUAUGUUAUGAUUUUGACCCCCUAUGCUAUAAUUUUGACCUUUAUGCUGUCUUUCAACCAGAAUAGGGGUGUUUUGGGAGGGAGAACCUUCUUAAAUCUUGCAAAAAAAAUGAAAAUAUAACUUCAGAAUGAAAACCUUAACUUCACAAAAUCUGUUCCUCAUUAAACAAGAAAUAGUGUCUCAGGGGGUUAUGAGAGAUAUUUUGGCUCAUAGCGUGUUUUGCACCACGAAAGUGACCCUUAUGCUAUGAAAAAAUCCUAGCUAGAACACUGUACUGCAACGUUAUACCCUAUACCUCAUACUCCAAAAUUUAUGUAGAGAUUAUAAUAUCAUUUCCUCAGCUUUUUUUUAGAUGGAUAGAUUUAUUUAUCAUCCAAACUUUGAUAAUUUCUGGGGUCUAUGGGUGAUUUAGGGGAUAUACAUGUUUUCACUGUGAAAAAAAAAUCUGAAAACUCCAAAAUGCAAAUGUUACAAAGAUCUGCAUUAUAUACAUGAUGUAGUCAUACUGGAAAAUCAAUGUGACAAACAUUAAUUGAAAAUGUGCAAAUACUCAAAAUGAUUCCCUCUUCAAACUCUCAGCAAAAUGCCUUUACUUAUAAGCCUUUUAAAGUUUGAAAAAUGUGAAUUGAAAAAAGACCUGUCUUGAUUAGAUUUAAAUAUAACAUGCUGGUAGGCCAUGUUGGACUCUUCAUAGCUUUAACAGUAACCCUAACCCUACAAGAUCAGUGAAAAAGUUUAAAAUCAGAUUAGCAUGGCUAAUUAUAAAGAUCUCUUAUCAAAGGACGAAGCCAUAUUGUUUCUGUGCUUGCAUUCUCCUCUUUGCAAAAUGUCCAUGUUAUUCCCCUCUGCAAUUUAACAGAAAUGCUCUUGAAAGACCCAUAGAAAAAGCUUCAUCAGAUUUUAUGUGAAACUUUUCCAAACACAUAUAUUUUCUGCAGCAUUGGAGUUAGGAAAAAAUUGUACUUAACACCUUUGAUUCAACCUCAAAUGGACCAAUAUAAGCAUAAUAUAUCGUGUUUAUGAUACAAAAGGAUGAAAGUUAGAAUAGGACAAGACUGCAAUAUGCAGACAUGACAGGUUUGAAAAAUGAAGGAAGGAAUGAAGAAGAAAAGACAACUGCAUUUAUCUGUCAGACACUGUUCUGUACAGUUUAAAAUCUCUGAUGAAUAAUUCCAUGUAUGUUGUGAACAGUACUCAACAGUUGUGGCAUGCUGCUCCAGUUGUCAAUGUCUGUAGUCUCAAACAAAGUUGCCGUACUUGUGAAACUAUUUACACCAGAAGUGUCGUCAUAAAGUGUCUUUAGGAUAAGGCUCAACAUUGUCGCACACAGUCAGAUGUUAGAAUUGAUGUCUAGCACAAAGAAAUAUAUAGAAAUGGUGUAAGAACUUGUAGCUCAAGUAGGGAAAGACUCAAAGGUUAUGUCUUCUGCAUCAGGGUUAGUUGUGCUGUUUAAUAUAUAGCGCAAGGAGAUUUUGGUGAUGACUUGCUGAAGUAACCAAAAGCCGAGGUGCCAUAAAUGCUGGGAAAUCAAACAUGGCUGUUGACUGCCUGUCGCAACUUGGUGCACUCAUGGAGAGGUGCAGGGUCUGUGGAGAACAUUAGCAUAACCUCUGUAACAAAAUUGCCACAGUCUGUGGAGUACAGCAGCAUAGACCCUGUAAGUUCAAUUCAUAGCAGAGCAGGUUACUUUGUAGUCUCCACCAGACUCCUUUUGCAGGCUGAAUAAAUCGGCCUAAAAAGGGCAUAUAAUUGUUACUGUCCAAGCAGAGGUUGAAUGGGAAGAUUGUGACCUUUUUCUAUGCCCCGUUUUUUUCUGACAGCCGGCCCAUCGGUGGCCAAUUGGAUACUGUCGGCCGGCUGGAUACUGUCCGCGUGUUGGAUACUGUCUUUUUUGGCCACCAAAAGAUCUGCUUGGAGAUUAAUAUGAUUGGCCAGUUUCCCAGCCAUUGAGUGUCCAAUUGGCCUCCUUGGAUACUUCACACCUAGUUAAAACCCAUUUGUGGGCUUCAAAGAGGAUAGCAACUUCUCACAGACUUUGUGCAAUGGAAUUCUCGAUGGCCGGGAAACUCCUUUGACCAAUUAUAUGCCCUUUUAGGCCGAUUUAUUCAGCCUGCAAAAGGAGUCUGGUGGAGACUAGUUACUUUGAAGGUCUAGAAAAGGAAAUAUGGUGGAAAUGUAGCGAUGACAACUCACCAUGUGUGAUCCAAGUUGAGGAGGUAGCCAUAGAACAGAACAAUACAAACAUUGAACACAAUAUAGUUGCAAUACAGGAAUGGAGGAUGCAAAAUGAAGUAAAGGUCUUACAGGUUCUGAAACAAUACAAACAUUAUAUAGCUAAGGUAAAGGGAUGUAGUUUUGUGACUGUGAUUUGUAGUAAAUAUCUUCCUGUCUAGCCUUGUAAUGUUACAUGUAUGCUGCACUUUUAGGUGUAGGUUGUUGGAAAAUACUAGUAGUCACAGUGCAGUACAUGUUGUACAUUGUAGCUGCCAGAAGGCCUCGUUUGAAUGCAUAUCUCAAACCCACCUGAAGUUUCUUGUCAGUCUUGAAGUCUUUAAUGUUUGCCAAGGAGUGUUUGCAAUUCUAGGUGUAGGUGUAAUUCAAGGUAUCAUAGAUAACUGUUUGAUAAUAUAUUUGUGCAUGUUCAUUCAUAAAAUGUAUGCAAUGUAUUUUGUCUAAUGUCAUAAUAGUCUAAUGUGGCAUAAAAUUAUGUACUUUGGUCUGCACUAACCUUAUAACUAUAAUAAAUAAGGGAAUUUUCACUUAUUUCAUGGAGAGGUAGCUUGUUUUUAAAACUUCUCAAACUACAUUUCAAGAAAAUGUGCCCGCACAAGUAUUUUUUGUACUGUUUCUUAGCCCAAUUCUCUGAGGUUUAUGUUAUGUCAAUGAAAAGGGACACUUUCUUCUAUAUGAUCUAGUGGUGAACAUUUGUUGUUUUGUUCCAAACCCUCCCAAGACAUACAGUGAUCAGUCCCUAAUGUUAUCUGAGAUGUUACAUUUUGGAAUUAAAAAUCAUAUCUGAAGUCA